AGGGUGGAGUCAGGGUUGAAUGGGACUUUGUUUUCUCUAGUAGGGAUCAGCUCAUGAUGUGGGCAGACCUGGAAAGAACCCGAGACGAGGUGAAGUGGGGCUGGUUUUAAAAUUGCAAUCUUUGGCAUUAUUUUUUAGGUGAGAUUUCUUAGCGUGAUAAAAGUGAAUGUGCUAUCAUGGAGCGCGGAGCUUUAGCUUUGAAGUACGUCCAGCCUUGGCCGAGAGCAGCUCGGAGGAGCGAGUGGCUACGGAGCGCCUUGGCCCACCACCACUGCCCCGAUCCCGGCGUGGAGAACGAAAUCGUCGUUCUGGCCACCGGAAUAGACCAGUACUUGCAAGAGGUCUUCCACCAUCUUGCUUAUCCCAAUCGGGACGAUAAAGUGUCGGCGGAGGACUUCAGCACCCUCUGCGCCGUGCUCGGGGUCACCGGAGCACCGAAAGGGAAGAAAACGAUUAAAGGAACGCGGGAUGGAGAAGGCGACGAAGACGAGGACGAGUUCAAAGACGUAUGCUCCGGACUGCCGAGUCAGAUAACUUUUAAGGACUUUCACUCGCGUCUGUGCGGCUUCUUUCGUGUGCGUUCUGCGCGCAGAGGCACAGGGGAAUGUGUGUGGCGACUGCCCGUUACUGAGGAGACGGAGCUGGUGGAGAGACACAUUCGGCUACGUUGGCCUCGUGUGAGAAGGAGAAAAUAUGUCAGUUUUGAUCUGACAAAGAGCCAGAACGGCCACAACAGAUCCACAGCUGGUCGGAAUGCAGAGGAUAGUUCUUCCGAAGAGUUAGCAGCUCUGAGGGAGUUGGUGGAGGACCUCCGAUCAGCACUGCAGGGUAGUGACGCUCGCUGUUUGGCCCUUGAAGUGGCUCUGAGACGAGAGAGGGGCGCCACGCAGUCAGCUCCCAUCUGUGUUUCAUCGCCCACAACUUCCAUUUCCCUCAUACAAGGCAAACUGGUCCCAACACGGCGGAUUAAAGGACACUUAAAUGUUGCUGGAGGAAAUGGUGGGAGGAGGUUGUGGAGAAGAUGGGACAUGAGGGACCCCCUUUUAAGAGAGUUGCAGCUGAUCCGUUCCUCGCGUGAUGGACAGCUGGAGGAGGCCAUCAAGUUUAAUGAACGUCUGGAGGAAGAGCUGCGAUGGGCAUACCAGGAAGUGAGCAAGCUUCAGGGAGUGGAAUCUGCGCUCAGGAGGGAGAACAUCCAAAUUAGGCGACGAGCGGAGGAGGCCAGGGAGGCUUUGAGCUUGGGCCUUGAGCAGGUGCGAAUGAUUCAGGAACAAGCUGAAUCUGUGCCACAGCUUCAGUCGAGGAUCAACCAGCUGGAGAGUGAACUGCAACAGUACAGAUCCGGCUGCGUUUGUCUUCCUGAAGCUGCCUCGGCAAGAGGAGUAGAGUCAAACUGUAAGACAGAUGCCGAGUGUCUUCAGAGAGCAGUGGAGGGAAGAGCCGCCUCUGAUGAAGAAGAGGAAGGUGACAAGGACUUGGGCGAUGAAGGACAGCGCUGCCUUUUUGAGGUGAAGAAGCACAUGAGCCCAUCCCCCGGCUGGGGCAAAGGGUGUCCGAGUCACGUGGUCCAUCAGAUCCUCUCAAAGGGCGACCUGCAUGACAGCCACCUCAGCGGUGAUUCGAAGGGCAACAGGGGAUGCUGCAGCUGGCAGCGACCAAAGGAAGAUCUCCCUGCAGGCAGCAAAGGCUGUGAGCAGAAACUUGGUGAUAGGCCGGAUCCAGAGGACGACAAGACAAGUCUGGAAGGGACAGAGAGGGAGAAGCUCUAUUUGAUGGAGGGAAAGUUCAGAGAUGCCCUCGUGUUACUUCUGCAGCUACGCAAUAAGAAGUUGUCCCGCAGGGAGCUGGGGAGCAUCAUGAUGGAUACUCUUGAUAUGUGCAGUAAUGGAGAUGGUCCACCCCAGGUAGUGCAGGUCGCUGAUGCCCUCUACGUGCAGUUAUCCUCCACUGAUCAUAUUACAGAAGGAGGCGAGGCCAAAGGAGAUGAGAGGGAAGGCAAACGGCUGCUUCCAUCAUCAGGACAUCAAACAAGCAGCACCAGCCCACUCGUCAUUUCCUGUUAACUAAGCUGAACUUUCUUUCACACAGUAAUAUCACUUUUGCAGCAACAUAAAUGUUACCCAAUCUAUACAAUGUUCCCUUUCAUUUUAUUAUUU